UUAAUGGGUGUUGAAAAAACAGCUUGGCAAAAAUUUAAGCCAUACAUAACAUCAAUAUUAUUUCCACUUAUUACUUCUUCAUUGAUCUACGCUGACAUUCGUCACACAAGACUUUGGAAAAAGAGUCUAGCUGAAAAAGAAAAUCAAAAACAAUUUGCAUAAUUAAAAAUAGUUACUAUUAAAGCUAUUAAAAAUGCCAGAACCUAUGUCAUGGUAUUGGAAACAUCCAUUGAGACCAGCGGUAUUUAAAAAUUUUGGAAUUGCAACUCUUACAUUUGCAACAGCUUUUGCACUUGGUCAUUGGUUUGAUCGUAAUGAGGAUGAAAGAAUGACUAAAUUCAGAGAUAAAUCAGCACUAUAUGGAAGAACAUUAGCACCAGGUGAAAAACCAUCUUGGUAAAAUAAUUAUUAAUUAAAAUAAAAAACAAACAAAUUUGUUAAUGUAGAA